GCCGCCGCUUCGGACCAGAGUGAAAACAGCUAGCGAAGGAAGAAAAGAAGAACGAAAUUUAAUGUGUGCGGUCGCUUGAGAUUAACAAAAAAACGUUCAAUUUCAUCAUCGAAAAUCGUGAAAAGUUGUGCUAAAGCAAUCCUCGGGAACGGCUUUUGUCGGGGGACGUGAAAUCCGGAAGUUCUGCUGGUGGUUUGCGUGCGAAAUUUGCUGGUUUCGUUCGGGAUUUGUGUGACGCGUUUUUUUCUGGUGGCUGCCAUCAAGAGGGAAGACGGGACUCCUGUGCCGUGUCGAUUCGUGUUUCUUUUUGUGUAUUAUGCUGUGAGGAAAACACCGGCGGCGCGGUCGGUUGGUUUGUGGCUUUCUGGCGGUCCGGAAGGCGUUGGGAAGAGUCCGGGAACCUGACUUUGGUUCUAACUGCAAGGGAUUCAAUCGUGUACUGAUUGGCGCUUGUCGCUAAGGAGGGAAAAUGGACGUGCAACAGUUGGAGUUGCUGUGCAAGCAAUUCUAUGAAUCGCAGGAUGCCCAAAUGCGAGCUGAGGCCGAGAAGGCCCUCUAUUUGUUCCAGGAAGAUCCGGAUGCGCUUCCGAAGUGUCAGCAGUUGUUGGACCGGAGCAACUCGGCUUACUCACAGCUUCUGGCCGCCACCACGCUGACCAAGUUGGUUUCGAAGAACAUUCAAGCGUUGAGCCUGCAGCAACGGGUCGACAUCCGGAACUACAUCCUAAACUAUUUGGCCACCCACCCGAAUCUGCAGUCUUUUGUGAUCCAGGCGCUGAUUGCUCUUCUGGUGAAGAUUACCAAACUGUGCUGGGUGGAUCUGUACGAGGAUGAGUACAUCUUCCGGAACAUCGUCCAGGACGUGAAAGAGUUCUUGGGAGGAUCAGUGGAACAUUGUAUGAUUGGGGUGCAGAUCUUGUCCCAAUUGACGGUGGAAAUGAAUCAACUGGUAGAGACGGCUUGUAGUCUCACCUUCACUAAGCACCGGAAGAUUGCGUGCCUCUACCGGGACUCCCAGCUAUACGAUAUCUUCAUUCUGUCUUGUACUUUGCUUAGCCAAGCCAAGGACAAUUGCUGCCAGAAGCCGAACUACCUGGACGAAGCUCAAAUCGGAUUGUUCACGCAUUUGCUCAAUCUGGCCAGAAAUUGUCUCAGCUUUGACUUCGUGGGAACCUCCGCUGACGAAUCUGCAGACGACAUGUCCACAGUUCACAUCCCCACCAAUUGGCGUCCGGCCUUCCUUGAGUCCGACUCCGUCAAGCUAUUCUUCGACCUGUACCACGUUCUCCCGCCACGACUCUCCUGCCUUGCCCUGUCCUGCCUGGUUCAAAUCACCUCCAUUCGACGAUCCAUCUUCAACAACACCGAACGAGUCAAAUUCCUGGCCAAACUGGUCAAAGGCGCCACCGACAUACUGAAGACAUCGCACGGUCUUAGCGACCCGGAAAACUAUCACGAAUUCUGUCGGCUUCUGGCCCGCCUUAAAUCUAACUUCCAACUCGGCGAGUUGGUCACUGUCGAAAACUACGCCGAAGCCAUCCAGCUGAUUGCCAAAUUCACCGUACAAUCCCUUCAAAUGUGGCAAUUCGCGCCCAACAGCAUCCACUACCUUCUUUCUCUCUGGCAGCGCCUAAUCGCUUCCCUUCCGUACGUGAAAUCCUCCGAACCUCACUACCUGGACACUUACACCCCGGAGGUCAAUAAGGCGUACGUCACUUCCAAGCUAGAAUCCGUCCCGGUGAUCCUCCGCGAAGGCCUAGAAGAUCCGCUGGAUGACACCGGCAUGGUCCAGCAACAACUAGAGCAAUUUUCCACCAUCGGUCGGUGCGAGUACGAAAAGACCUGCGCCCUGCUGAUCCAGCUGUUCGACCAAACGGCCGGUCGCUACCAGGAGAUCCUAUCCUCUCCGACCGCCAACCACCUGGACGUACAAAUCUGCGAAGGGCAACUGACCUGGCUGGUGUAUAUCAUCGGCGCGGCCAUCAGUGGACGUAUUUCCUACUCGCACGACGAUCACGACCUGCUGGAUGGCGACAUGAUCAUCCGGGUGCUGCAGCUGAUGACACUUACCGACUCGCGGCUGCCCCAGUGCGGCUGUGAGAAACUGGAAUUUGCCAUCAUGUGCUUCCUGGAGCAGGUCCGCAAGGUCUACAUCAACGAGCACCUGCAGAAGCUGAAGAUGUUCAAGCGGCUGAGCGAAGUGCUGGGCGUGAACGACGAAACCACGCUGCUGACGGUGAUCAGUAGGAAAAUCAUUACCAACUUGAAGUACUUCGGACAUUCGGAGCAAAUCAUACGCAAGACGUUGACGCUUCUGAACGACUUGACGCUGACGUUCAGCUCGAUCCGGCGGUUGAUCAAGCUGGACGAGAUUCAGUUCAUGCUGAACAAUCAUACGCGGGAGCACUUUUCGUUCUUGGGGACCGGUGCGGUCAGUGCGUCCCGUUGUCGCAGCAUGUUCUACACCUGCCUCGGCCGGUUGCUCAUGGUGGACCUCUCGGAGGACGUCGAACGCUUCAACACCUUCAUGAUGCCGCUGACGAACACGAUCGAAAAUAUGGUCAUUAUGAGUUUUCCCAGCGAGGAAGCCCGCAAGGAGCUGAUCGGACUGUCACGUGAUCUGCGAGGACUGACGCAUGCUUUCAACUCUAAGAAUCCCUACAUGAUGCUGUUCGAUUGGAUAUAUCCGGACUAUUCGCCGAUUCUGAUUCGGGCUGUGGAGCUGUGGGCACAUGAUCCGGCGGUAACGACGCCGGUGUUGAAGCUGUUUGCCGAGCUGGUGUACAACCGGUCACAGCGGUUGCAGUUUGAUGUUUCUAGUCCCAAUGGAAUUUUGCUGUUUAGGGAAACUUCCAAACUGAUUUGUUGUUACGGCGAGCGAAUCCUAUCUCUGGAUGUACCGAAGGAGCAGAUCUACCCGAUGAAGUUGAAGGGCUAUGCCGUGUGCUUUCAGAUGUUGAAGGCCAUCCUCAGCGGAAACUACGUCAACUUCGGAGUGUUUAAACUGUACGGCGACGAUGCGUUGGACAAUGUGUUGAACAUGACGGCCAAGCUGAUACUGUCGAUCUCCCACGAUGAUAUACUGGUUUAUCCGAAACUAUCUCAAGCAUACUACAUACUGAUUGAGUGUUUAGCUCAGGAUCACAUCACCUACCUGUCCACCUUGGAACCACCCGUAUUUCUCUACAUCCUGGAGAGCAUAUCGAAGGGUCUCAACGCUUUAGAUGUCCUGGUGGGUUCUGGUUGCUGUACAACGUUAGACUACAUCGUGACGUACAUUUUCAAACAGUUGCAACUGAAAGAAAAACACAUGCUACUGGUAACGACAUUCCCGAACAAGAAACUGCGGCAAAGCGUCCUGCCGGAGAACAACGUUUUCCUCAAGGUGAUGGAACUGCACCCGGAAAUUCUCCAGAACCUGCUGUCCACCCUGUUGAACAUCGUCAUGUACGACGACUGCAAGAACCAGUGGUCAAUGUCGAGGCCGCUGCUGGUGCUGAUACUGCUGUACGAGGACUACUUCCGGCAACUCCGGGAAAACAUCGUGCACUCGCAGCCUAUCGAGAAGCAACAGUCGAUGGCAGUUCUCUUCGACGCCCUUAUGGACGGCAUCGAGCGGAAUCUUCACAUCCGGAAUCGGGAUCGAUUCACGCAAAACCUGUCCGCGUUCCGUCGGGACCUGAACGAUUCCCUCAAGUCGGCCAUCAGCCUGGCGAACAGCUCGUCGCUAAACGAAAUGCUUGACUAAGUAAAACCCCUUUUUCGAGACGUGAAAUGUCACUACUACGGCUACAUUCUAGUACAUACUACUAUAACUAUCACACAAUUCACUCGUACUCGUUGUCGUUUAUUUCUAUGUUAUACCACUGAGAAAUUUUAUGUUCCCUUGCAAUUUCUCCGCGAAAUACUUCGCGCUGAAAUAUGUUAGUUUACAACCGCAAACAUUGUGUCAUUUUUUUUCUUCUUUUGUUUCUAGCUGCUAGGUAAAUUCUUUUCCUAAACAAAAACCGAUUAGAUUAUUGCGAAAUUGAGAGAAUGUUGUCGUACCCCAAGAGCUGAUGGGAUGUGGAAUGAAUGGCGUGGACGAUGGAGCUUUUUGCUCCGGUAAUUUUACUAUUUAUAUCUAAAUAAGCUGCGCGCAUUUGUGAACCGAGAGAAUAAAGCAAACAAUUAAAACAAAUAAGCGAAAGUACUGUGGAUGGGUUUAGAAGCUAACAGUCAGCAUUAGGGAUUUCUUUUCUUUUGAAGGGAAAAUCGUUGUUACAAAAAAUCAGAAAACAAAGUUUAUACAAAUGAAGUUUAAUAAGGAAACAAAUGAAGGAAACAGUCCGUAAAAUAGAACGUAAGACACACGCAAGCAAAGUAACACAAUAUUUAAUGUAAAAAUCUCUGCUAUUAGGAGGGAACACGCGAUUUAGAGUUGCUGAAUUUCAUGCCGAUUCGCUGUUCCUCCUGGCAGUUGUAGGACAGUACAUAUAUUGCGAAACAAUUUUGUGAAUCGAACCAAUAGUGUUGUAGAGAGGUAUUUGUAUUGCAAAUUGGAUACUUUUGUGUGGGCGUUAGGAAAAAUAAGUAGUAAACAAUGAGAGCGGGCAAAUGAAAGGGAAGAAUGUAGUUUUUAAGAAAUUGCUGUUGCUAAAUCGCGCGUUCAGUGGAAACAAAGCAGGAAUCCAUUUAUGAAAAAAGAAGCAGAGACGUCGGAAGCAAAACGGAAGG